UUGAGCAUUGCGCGCGAAUGCAUUGUUCGCAAGCCUGGUCAGGUAAGAAGCAACCUCUAUAGAUGUAGCCGCGAAUGCAUAACUUUUUGAAAUAAACAACCUGUAAUUUGAAACUCAAGGCACUCUUCGUGCAACUGGGCAAAUACAAGCUGGGUAAGUUUCUCCUCCGCAUGUUUAAAACGCUCUUUUUCGGAAAGUGGUUUCACUUAUACUCCUUGAAAGUGUACCGGGUAUAUGCAUCGCUGUACUUUAUCUUUGGCUAUGAACGAGAUGAGAACGAAUUCGCUAUCCUUGAACUGAUCCAGAAUUGUGUCGAAGCCAUGGAUGCUUACUUUGAAAAAGUGACGGAGUUGGACAUUGUGUGCAAUCUCGAAAAGGUGCACAUGAUCAUGGAAGAGACAGUGGCCAAAGGAUAUUGCUUGGAGACCAAUCAAGGCCGAAUCCUGGAAGGAAUCACCGCUCUUUGAAGCGGAGACAAACCCGUAGUAAUAGCUAGCCUGUCUCUGUCGCUCGCUCUAAUAUGUCUUGAGCGAUAGUAUAUAGAAAUCAAUGAAGUUUUUGUGCGCGAUAAGAUAUCAGCG